CGGAGCUCUUUCCGUGGAUUAAAAACACAGGAAAGUGAACUUCUCUGCAGCUUCUUCAGGUCGGUGGGCUUUAAAAUAUAACAGAGCCUCGGUUUGGUUCUCCUCAGUUCUGGUUCUCCAGAGUCCUGGUUCUCCUGCAGUGAGCUCCUGACAGAGAGAACAUGUCCAAUGGGAAAGAGGCAAAUGCUGCAGAAAACUCCUCUCAGAUGACUCUGAAAGAGAGUCUGGAUGAAUGCAUGGAGGCUCUGGAUCUCUUCCUGAACAACCACUUCAGCGAGAGCCUGGAUAAACUGCGGCCGAGAGUGAAUGAGAGUAUGUACCACGCUCUUAUCUACGCCACAGUGCUGGAAAUGCAAGCCAUGAUGACUUUCCAGCCAGAAGACAUCAGCAACGCAGGAAAUACCAUGAAGAGUGCCCAGGAGGUCUGCCAGAGGUUUCGACGGAAGUCUGCAGUUUUAUCCAACAAGUCAGUAGGGGAAUCACUCACUGAAGUGCAGCUUCAUGCAGAAGCUUGUUACGCAGAGUGUCAACUCCAAAGAGCUGCCCUCACCUUCCUACAGGAUGAGAACAUGGUGAGUUUUAUCAAAGGAGGGAUGAAAGUGCGGAACAGUUACUUAAUUUAUAAAGAACUGCAUACCUUCACUAAAUCUCACAGCUGUAACAAAGGACCGAGCCACGUUCACUUAGAGGGGGGAAUAUCGUUUGGAAUAGGAGCGUUUAAUCUGACACUGUCUCUAUUUCCUCCUCGGAUACUCAAAGUGUUGGAGUUUGCAGGCUUCUCUGGCGACAAGGAGUACGGUCUGUCUCUUCUGCAUGACGGUGCGACGGGGAUGAAUCUGCGCUCCAUGCUGUGCGCUCUGCUAGUGCUCUGCUACUACACCUUCCUCACAGUCAUACUAGGUACGGGGGAGGGAGAUGUGACUGAAGCUGAAAAGCUGCUGAAACCUUUCCGGCUCCGUUAUCCAAGGGGAGCGAUAUUCCUCUUCUUUGCAGGCAGGACUGAAGAGAUCAAGGGGAACAUUGAUGAGGCUAUUGCGCUCUUUGAAGACGGCUGCAAGGCCCAGCAGGCGUGGAAGCAGUUCCACCACAUGUGCUACUGGGAGCUGAUGUGGUGCUACUCCUUCAAGCGAGACUGGAAGAUGGCGUACUUCUACGCAGACCUGCUGAGCAAGGAGAGCCGCUGGUCCAAGGCCAUGUACGUUUACAUGAAAGCUGCUUACCUCAGCAUGCUGCCUAUAGAAGAGUCCAGACCGUUCGGGGACAACGAGGUCGACCUCUUUAGACAAGUGCCCACCUUAAAGCAGAAGAUAGCCGGAAAAUCUCCCCCGACUGAGAAGUUUGCGAUCCGUAAAGCCCGACGCUACAAGGCUCGCUGCCCAAUCCGGCUGCCAGUGCCAGUGCUGGAGAUGAUGUACAUGUGGAACGGGUUCAGUAUGAUCAUCAAACGUCCGGAGCUGACUGAAGGCAUGAUGCAGACUUUGGUUGAGGCAGAGCGAUGUCUUCUGGAGUCUCCCGAGAAAGAGCAUCUGGUGGAUGACCGCUGUGUGAUCUACCUGCUGAAGGGUCUGUGUUUGAAGAACCAGGGUCUCCUGCAGGCUGCUGAGGAGUGCUUCAACAAAGUGUUUGCAAGUGAAAAGAAGAUCAAGUUCGACCACUACCUGGUGCCCAACUCUCUGGUGGAGCUCAGCCUGCUCUACAUCGCCCAGGGAAGAAGAGACGAGGCUAUCAAACUCCUGCACAAAGCCAAACAAAACUACAAAGAUUACUCAAUGGAGUCUCGUACUCAGUUCAGGAUUCACGCUGCUCUGGCCAAACUGAAGGCUGACCCUGGGGAGGAGGAGGACACACACAUGUAGGAGGAGAGGACACACACAAGUAGGAGGAGAGGACACACACAU